UGGCGUCGGUUAUUCGAGCGCGUGGGCAUCACUGAAGCCCUUCAUAUUCGUCUUAACAAGUUUUGGGCAACUUAACACAGACACAACAGCUAACAACCACUCAAAGGAGCAGUUAUCUUAAUUAAAAAUCCCAUGGCAGGAACGAUUGAUCAAGCCAAAAUGAAGUUUUCCAGAAUAGUAAACAGCCGCUCAUACUCACGGUUUAACCAGUCUCAGAACCCUGAUGGAGAAGGCAGCCGUGUGGAGGUGAAGCUGGCUGUGGAUGGGGAGGAGGAGGAAAUGGAUGGAACAGAACUUGGAAAUAUGCAACAAGAGACAUACACUAGAUCCAGUCGUUCUGAACCAUUAAACAAGUACAGGAUUCUGGUUUGUGUGGGUGCAGCACUGAUCGUCUUUUUAGUUGGUCUCCUCAUUGGAUACUCCGUCCACCGUAAGUCUGACAAUAAAUCUGAACCUUUGGAGACUCCCUGCAGUAAAAAAACUCAAGCUGACCAACCAGAUCCUCCACAUUAUGAACCCAUUGUACCCUCUCUUGAUUGGAGCGACAUUGUUACACUUCUGAAUGAUAAACUGUCAUUGAAGUCCGUUGAAGAACAAUUGAGUGUGUAUUCUCAGAUUGGCCGUUCUGCAGGAUCAUCUGUAGAUAACAAGUUAGGUGACACAAUCCAUGAUGCUUUCACCAAACUGAACAUGGAACCCUGGGUUGAUGAGCACUAUGUGAAGCUGCAGAAUCCGGACAGCUCCAAUCCAAACAAAGUGUGGUUUGGGAACGAGGAGAUUGGAAGUCCAAAGGGUUUUCUGGCUUACAGUGAAACAGGACGUAAAGAGGGCAGAGUGGUAUACGCCAGCUAUGGUGAGCUUGCUGAUCUGCAGACCGUCCAGGCCAAUGAAGUGAGUCUAAAUGGGACUGUGGUACUGAUGAGAGCUGGAAGAAUCAGCAUGGCACAAAAGGUUAUGAAUGUAGCUAGGUUGGGUGCCGUAGCAGCUCUUAUCUACCCAGACCCAGCUGACUAUGAAGAAAUGUCUAUGGAGACUGAGCUCUAUGGUCAUGUCCACUUGGGGUCAGGUGAUCCUUACACCCCAGGAUUCCCAUCCUUUAAUCACACACAGUUUGCUCCUGCCAAGUCCUCCGGUCUUCCAGAAAUACUUGCUCAGACAAUCCCUGCUAGCAUGGCGCGCAAAAUAUUGAGCAAAAUGGGAGGAAGCGAAGUUCCAAGUGAAUUUAAGGGUGGCUUCCCAAGCUACACGUUUGGAGAUGAGAGUAACAAAGUCGCUUUAAGCAUCAAUAACAAGCUUGUUGACACCAAGAUUCAUAAUGUGUUUGGAGUCAUCAAAGGAUACGUGGAUCCUGAUCGUUAUGUUGUUAUUGGAGCACAGCGGGACUCUAUGACCUCAGGAUAUGCCAAGUCUGCAGUUGGCACUACUCUUCUAAUGGAGCUUGCGAGGGUUUUCAACGAGCUGAGGAAAGAGGGUUUCAAGCCCAAGAGAAGCAUUGUGUUCGCCAGCUGGACGGCUGGGGACUUUGGUAAAGUUGGAGCAACUGAAUGGCUUGAGGGAUACUGGGCAUCACUGGACAGAAAAGCCUUUACCUACAUCAGUUUGGAUGGUGUUGUUACUGGUAAGGAUUCCUUGAGAGCAUCUGCCAGUCCCUUGUUGCACACCCUUCUGCAGAAGACCCUGCAAAAGGUCAAUCCAAUACCAAGUUCCAGCCGCCUUCAGAGUUACAGCCCAGAUUUUCUAUCCAUUCUGACGAGCAUGCAGAUGGAUGAUGGUGCAUAUCCUUUUCUGACCUUCUCUGGAAUCCCAUCUGUGUCUUUCAGUUUCAUUUCUUCUAGGACCACUCCUGACUACAAAUACUUUGGAACAGAAAUGGAUACUAAAGAGCGACUGGACAUUGUCACUGGUCAGAAAGUGGUUGAGCUGUCUGUGCUUGCCGCUAAGGUUGCUGGCCAGAUGGCCCUCCGUCUCGUUCAUGACCAAAUCCUGAGACUGGACGUUACCAAGUAUGACGGUGUGAUAGAAAGCCAUGUGAAAAACAUCAUCAAUCAUGUGAAUAGUCUUAAAAAUGAAAAGGUUGAAAAAAUUGAAACUUUGUCAACCGAGUGGCUGAUCGCAGCAAAGAGCUCCUACAAUCGUGCCGCAACCAAACUAAACGAUGACAUCAAGAAUAGUGACCUGGAAGACAUAGAGAUGUGUCGCAUUAUCAAUAACCGUAUUAUGAAGGUGGAGCAUAAUUUCCUCUCUCCUUACGUCUCAUUAAGAGAUUUCCCAUUCCGCCACAUUUUCUUUGGUAAUGGAUGGCAAACCGCCACAGACCUGGAGAAUUACCUGCAAGAUGUACGUGACAAAAAGGCAAGCUUCGACAUCGACCAGGUGCUAAACAAGUUCGCUCUGCUCACCUGGAGCAUCCAGGGCUGUGCCAAUGACCUGGCAGGAGACAUCUGGUCCCUGGACAACGAGAUCUAGAAUCUUUCAGUGCUGCAUCACCCAACAUCACAAUGCUUUUGUGCACAAACAUAAUCCUGAAGUACAUCUGAUUAGAUUUUUCUAAGUUUUGACCAAUCCUAAAAUCCAAAAAUGACUUCAAUUAAAGUCCUUUAAUCAUAUUACGGACUAUAAUGGGAUAUUGUACUACAUAUUAUUAGUAUUAUUACUGGACUACAUUUUUACAACAUGCAACCAAAGCACAAGGUCAUCAUCUUUGCUUCCAUUUAUGGUGCAUUAUUUCAGGUCCAGAUAGAUCUCAAAUGAUGAUUUCAAAAUCAUUCAUGACUAAUUAUAAAGUUGCACAUAAGCAUAAAGUUUGUCCUCGGCUGAUACUUUGGGAAUUUAGUCCCUUUCGCACUUCAUCUAAACCCCCAAACUUAGCCUCUGUGACCAACUGAGGGCAUACUCUAUUUAUUUCUUAUUUAUUUAUCAGUGACAGUGUUCACUAUAAAAGUGUCUUGUUUUUUUAUUUAAUUAUCGGAAGCAGUGCCUUCCAUAAUUGUGACGGUUAUACUGUCAGUUCUUAAAAGCAGCAUCUGCUAACAGAAAUACACGUUACCAACAGCUGGCAUCAGAAAUGUCUCUUGUUACAAGUGCUUGAGGGAGUGCGCCUAAAAAGCACCUGUUUUAAUACUUCCUCUUUUUAUUAAAGAAAAGUGAAAGAGCAAGUUACAUCUGCAAACAUUUAAUGAAUUGGACUAGUCAAGUUUCAAUUUUGACCAAAUUCAUGGACUCAAGCAUUUCUGUGACAAAAGCAUCUCUGUGUAACAUUUAUAUUUCUAUUCUAAAACCAUUAUCGGGAGCAGUGUCUUCCAUAAUGUGGCGUGUUUGAAGGUAGUUUUUGCCUACCAGCGUGUCUAUAUCGAGGGCAGUGAUCCUCAUAUUUCACUAUAGGGUGGAUUAAAUUAUCGGGGACAGUGUUUCCCAUAGUUUUUGUACAUAUUUAUUUUCAUUGUCGUGGUUUUGUGUGGCUUCUUUCUUGCUCUGUUACGAUUCAUAAUCUUGGCAGUUGUUGAAAUACAGUAAGUUUCUUUUCAACGUAUCAUUGAGUUCGGUUUACUUCUCUGGCUUGUUUCUGUUUCGAAAGCUUGAUGUAGUUUUUGUGUAAUUUACAGAAUUGCAUAUUUCUGUUACCUGUUAUUUUUAUUAUGCAGGUGUUUGUUUGAAAAGAGGAUGUGGCCAUAUGGUUAGAAUGUAAUGUAAGACUGAUUAGCGUACUGCUGAUUUUACAUUUAUGGUUUCAUGGUUGAAGGCACUUCUGAUGAUGUUUAACAAGUGUGUAUUGCAUACUACUCUGCAACUUUUUUUUUUCCUUUUCUCCUUGUGGCACUUACCAGAAAGUUACAGAAAAUGUUUGAUCUUUCAUAGCAUGUUAAAAUGUGCAUGAAAUGCUAAUCAUCGACUGUUAGAAACAAAGCAAAGGAUGUUUAAGCUUCAAGCGGUUUGUGGUGGGUAAAUAAAGCUGCUUCGAUAUUUCAACUUGCUAAUGAGCUGUUACUUAGUCAAGCAGUGGUGAUUUUUCCAUAUCUAUAUUUAUCCGUAAAUAGCAGGAAUGAUCAUUCAAGAAUGUUGAAGAGGUGUUUGGUGAAGGGGUUACGAUCUUUUGGGAUCAUUAUACCUGACCUUUGUGUGCAAAAUCUGUCAACCUUACUUUUCCUCUGUAAUAAAUUCUGACAUUGCAAAUGUU